GGCCGCCUCAUUGGUCCGCGCAGUCAGGGUCCGGCGGCUUGUCUCUAGCACUCAGGGCGCUGACCCACUUCUUUUCCUCGAAGUGAGUGCUCGAUUCCUUCCGGCGCCCGGAGCUGCUGGCCUAAAGGCAUCCGGAGGGAGCUAGGCUGGGUAAGUGCUUUGAGGCACCAUGACCACCCUUGACGAUAAGCUGCUGGGGGAGAAACUGCAGUACUACUACAGCAGCAGUGAGGAUGAGGACAGUGACCAUGAGGACAAGGACCGAGGCAGAGGCGCCCCGGCCAGCAGUUCUGUGCCUCCAGAGGCUGAGCUGGCAGGCGAAGGCAUCUCAGUUAACACAGGCCCAAAAGGUGUGAUUAAUGACUGGCGCCGCUUCAAGCAGUUGGAGACAGAGCAGAGGGAGGAGCAGUGCCGGGAGAUGGAAAGGCUGAUCAAGAAGCUAUCAAUGACUUGCAGGUCCCAUCUGGAUGAAGAGGAGGAGCAACAGAAACAGAAGGACCUCCAGGAGAAGAUCAGUGGGAAGAUGACUCUGAAAGAGUUUACCAUGAUGAAUGAGGACCAAGAUGAUGAAGAGUUUCUGCAGCAGUACCGGAAGCAGAGAAUGGAAGAGAUGCGGCAGCAGCUUCACAAGGGGCCCCAGUUCAAGCAGGUUUUCGAGAUCCCCAGUGGAGAAGGGUUUUUAGACAUGAUUGAUAAAGAACAGAAAAGCACUGUCAUCAUGGUUCAUAUUUAUGAGGAUGGCAUUCCGGGGACCGAAGCCAUGAAUGGUUGCAUGAUCUGCCUUGCCGCAGAGUACCCAGCUGUCAAGUUCUGCAGGGUGAAGAGCUCAGUUAUUGGCGCCAGCAGUCGCUUCACCAGGAACGCCCUUCCUGCCCUGCUGAUCUAUAAGGGGGGUGAAUUGAUUGGCAAUUUUGUUCGUGUUACUGACCAGCUAGGAGAAGAUUUCUUUGCUGUGGACCUUGAAGCUUUUCUCCAGGAAUUUGGAUUACUCCCAGAAAAGGAAUUCUUGGUGCUGACAUCUGUGCGUAACUCUGCCACCUGUCACAGUGAGGAUAGCGAUCUGGAAAUAGAUUGAACUGAUAGUCUGGUUCCAUAGGUUUCUCAUUGUUUGGGUUGGAAUAUACAUGUCGUUUAUUUUUGUUCUUGCUUUGUCUUCCGGCUUUUCAGCUGUUCUUUGUAGUCCCUUUUAUUUUGUGUGAAACCAAGAAAUUCUUCGAUUAAAUCAGAAUGCUGAAUAAUCUUGUGGCUAGCAGUAAGGUGACUUAAAAUUGGAUAAACAGGAAGCCAGGCUUUUGAACUGUUUAGUUAAGAUUCUCUGGCGUGACGUCUCUGUUAUUGUUUCCAGUCAAUAUUUACAAAGCAUCCUAAAGACAGUGUCUUGGAAAUUGUCUUCAGAUGAUCUCAGAGAUCUCUGCCAAGACUGAGAGUAUAAUUCUGUAGGUAGUGUGUUAUUUGCAAUGUAAAUAGUGCAUUUUCUUAAUCAAAUGAUUGUAAACUAUAUUUACUUGUAAUCAGAUCCAUAGCUCCAGACAGUGGUUAGAUUUUUUUUUUUCCCCCUAGACCCCCUUCUCCACCAGGGUCUUGUUUAAAGGUUCCAGAUGACGCGUGUUUACCUCAUCAGGAGGGGUGGCCUCUGCUGCUGGAUUUGAUGUCCUCCUCCAGCAUUCCUAAGUCUGACACAGCAGGAAGGGUCAGUGCUGCCUGACCUGGUGAUGUUGGAAGACAAGUACUUUAUGGAUGUAAACAUUAGAGCUGGAGUGGGGCUGGAAACUUUGUAAAGGAGGAUCUUUCAAUAAGAUGCCCCGCUUGUCUUUGUCUCUUUUUUGUUUAACCUCGAUUAUUUUUAAAACUUUUUUUUUUUUUUUGCAUAUUGGAAUACUCUUAUUCGGUAGAGGAAAAUUGACCAAAACAGAAGCAAAAAUAAGAAAAUUAAAAUAAUCUCUAACCCUA